CCGAAUCUUCAAGCCUGACAGCAACGCAGCAAAAUCUCAUUCCAGCCGCCAUACCCGCACUGAACUACUCCCAUUCCACUUUUCCAUCCGCCACCUCUAUCACAAUCCAAUACGAGAUUUCGUCGCCAUGGGCUGGAUACCAUCAUUCGGCGGCAGCGAGCCGGAUGCAAAAGCAGCAGACAAGCCCUACGAACCCCCAAUGCGCUCAAAACGGGACAAAUGCUACGCCGCCCGCGACGCCUUCUUCAAUUGCCUCGAGCAAAACAACAUCCUAGACGCAAUCAAGGACGAGGACAAGUCGAAAGUGGCGUGUGGAGCACAAAACCAACGAUUUGAGCAAAACUGUGCGACUGCGUGGGUUGAGUAUUUCAAAAAGCGGCGAGUAGUCGAGUACCAGAAGGUGCAGACGAUAAGGCGGAUAGAGGCCGAAGGCGGCGAGGUCUAUCCGCCAGGGCCUCUACCGCCAAAGUAAUGAUGCCGCAGGACCUAGAUUGGGAAUCGAAUUUGGGCGACAAGGUGUACGGAAAAUGUAUUAUGUGUGUGUAUAGUAAAAUUCAGGCUUCCGGACCCCACCUCUUCUCUUGAUUAGUUUGGGAUGUACACCAUGUCGCCGGCAAUGUAUGGAUCCGCCCGCUAGCGCCAUCUUUAAUGGCUUGUUUCAUGAGCCUAUUUUCGAUCGACGGCCUGCAGGAGGGUAUGUGGCAUGGUAAGCUGAAGAGACUCGUGACCCAUGGAUAUUGGAAAUAGAAUGCCGUUCGUUGAUGAUUGGCGAACAGUAUUUGAGAUUGCAUGCGGUGAGGGCAGGCCUUACUUCGGGUGUAGUAGCCUCCACGCCAACACCAUUAACACGCGCCCAAAAUGGACGGUUGCAGAUAUGGGGUUGGUCUGGGGA